AUGCAGAGUGUCAUCCUUCAAAAUGCUCGUCGCAUAUUGUCAUUGAGAGGAUAUUACUCAAGCAUAUCUUGCUCAGAGCGACGGGUGACUAUUAGCGAAAUCUCUCUCAACAGAACAAGGUUACAAAUAUGCACUCGAUCCCAUAGCAGCCUUGUCUUGUCGGACGCGCAAAGACGCACCAUUUACGCGCUUUCGACACCAAUGGGCAAAGCAGGAGUCGCUGUUAUAAGGAUAUCAGGGCCAGAUGCUCUGAAAGUCUGGAAGAGUAUCAUCAAAACGGCUGCUCAACGCCUUCCGGAUCCAUGGAAGUUUCAACGAUGUAAAAUUGUACAUCCGGAACGACAAGAAGUGUUGGAUGAUGGGCUCGCUGUGUUCUUCAAAUCACCAAAGUCAUUUACUUCAGAGGAUGUAGUAGAGUUACAUAUACACUCCGGAAGAGCCAUCAUAUCUUCUGUUCUAAAUGCCCUAUCAGCUCUGUCGUUUUGUAGGCCGGCGGAAGCAGGUGAAUUCACGCGACGAGCGUUCCAAGGUGGCAGAUUGGACCUCACGCAGGUCGAGGGCCUCAAAGAUUUGAUUGAUGCCGAGACAGAAACUCAACGGCGCAUAGCUCUUCAGGCUGCCGGUGGAGCAUCCCGAGCCCAGUUUGAACACCUGAGAUCAGAAAUUAUUCAUUGCUUGGCCAUGGUAGAAGCUCUGAUUGAUUUUGGCGAAGGCGAAGAUUUGGAAGAAGGUGUUUUUGAGCAAGCCAGAGCCAAAGCAUUUCAGUUGCACCAAACAAUCCAGGCCCACCUUGAAGAUGGUCGAAGGGGUGAGAUCAUUCGAUCCGGACUCCGUGUAGCAAUCUUUGGGCCUCCGAAUGCGGGUAAAAGCAGCUUGCUCAAUUUUUUAGCUCAGCGGGAGGCGGCAAUUGUGACAUCUUUGCCUGGGACUACUCGAGACAUACUUGAAUUGUCGCUAGAUAUCGGUGGUCUACCUCUGAUUGUGGCAGAUACGGCAGGUCUUCGCGCUACCGAUGACCUUGUUGAGAGCAUUGGAAUUGAGCGUGCCAAAAGCAUGGUUCAAGCUUCCGACUUGUCUUUGUGCGUUUUAUCUCUUCCUGAGAUUUACGAAAGCUCCUAUUUCCACAUUCCGUCGUCGUCAAAGGACUUAAUUACCCCCGAAACCUGCUUUUUGCUCAACAAGUCCGAUCUUCUUCAAACCCAACCAUCUGAUAUCCAAAUUCAAAGCGCGCUAGGUAAAAAUGCUUGGAUUGCUAGUUUGGAAACAGGGCACCGUACAUUCGAAUUCUUAAGCUCAUUUACUGAAAUGUUGAAGCAGAGAUAUGACACGAGCGAUGCUCAAGGCACGACAACACCCCUCAUUACACAUGCCCGACACCGUACACAUCUGACCUCUGCGUCUCAAUUCAUAGCGUCAUUCUUGCAAUAUUCUUCGGAAGAUAUUGUUCUCGGAGCCGAAGAACUUCGUUAUGCAGCCCAAGCAGUUGGGAAAAUCAGUGGGAUCAUUGACGUAGAGGACGUUCUCGACGCUGUAUUCCGGGAUUUCUGUAUAGGGAAGUAA